CGGAAAAUAAUCGCGAUUUCUCAAAUCGUCGAUUAGAUAUCCCAAGGCGAGUUUGCAACACACGUUGUUUACGUGCGUCAGAUUACACGAUGACGAAAAAAAAAAAGAAAGAAUGCUGUUUGACCACGCUCGAUACAUUGCUCCUUCGCACUAUAUAAUUACGAUACGCUCAUUUCUCAGCCGACCUUGCCUUAUUAGCCUCAGAAGCUUGUCAUUAGUAACAGCAACAAUGUAGCGAAUCGCCACAGGGGUGAGCGCAUAAAUCCUAGACGGAUCCUCCUGCAAUUAUACCGAUCACGAGAGAAAGAGCUCUUUUCUCUCUCUCUCUCUCUCUCAUCGUGCCAAGCACCGUUACAGAAAUCGGACAUUUCCCGUGCUCUCGGCGAUAUUUGCCACGGCAGAGGAAAUCUCGGCCGCGAAAUUCUCGCGCACGCGGUUGCAUAUUAUGCGGAAUCGCGGUGAAAAAAUUCGCCGAUAUUGGGAUAGGUCGAUACGACGAAUUGCAAUAAAGGGCGCAGGCGUAAAACAAGCGAGAAAUUAUACGCAACACGUUGGCGGCACAUUGUUGAAUAAAGGACGACGAGGCGCCGAGAGAAGUGAACGAGCGGGGAUAGGGGAGGAAAGAGGGGGAAGGAACGCGGCGCGUUUGAACCCGCUUUUGGCACGGCACUGACCUCGUCUCGGCGUCCGAUUGGACAGCAACGGCGAUGCACACAGAGUGUGCACACACCGUUCAAGUACCCGCUAUCGGCGUGCGUACGUCGACAAGCGUGGAAGCGAGGGAGGAAGCGAAAGGGCCGCGACGGGUGAAGAGAGCAGGGUCCGAUUAUGCCCGAGCGCCGGCGGACACGUCCGACGUGAAAUAGCCGACAAUUGACGCGAUAGAGAGUUUGGCAAGAGGAGCGGCGGGCGAGAGGAGACACGCUGUUCUCUCGGCUGUACCGCUUCCCCUUUUUCAAUUUUAUCGUGCGAUCGACGUGCACAUCGCCGUCGCUCGGCGACGUCGCUAUGCGAAAACUAGACGAGAGAGAGAGGGAGAGAAAAGUUUUCCCUGCAACGAUGGACGGCCCCGGAACUGUCACGUGGGAGGAAUUUGUCGAGAAUGCGGGAAAAUUCCUUGCUGUUUCAGACAAACUGUCUGAUGGCUGGGAGUUUCGUGGCGAUAAGGAUAUUCCUGGACAAGCGUACCUAGUUAGGAAAACCGUGUGCUUCCUACCGGACGAUUCUAUUUGGAGAAAUGAUGAAGCGGCCGACGAUAACGACGGCGACAUCGAGGAAUUUCACGCGAGAUUUCAGGAGGAUCCGCACGAAGCUCCCUCCGUGGCCGAGACGCCCUUCAUUACCGAGCACCAUAUAUUAUGGUCCAUGAGUUACAGCGUCCCGGUCCUCUUCUUCAACGGAUGGAAGUCAGAUUACCCCGGCGUCAACCCGGUGAGCGUAAACGAGGCUCAAACGGUCCACAGUUCCAAAUUGAAUUACACGGAAUUAUCGCAAGCGAUCCACCCUAUCGUCGGUACCCCGUUCCUGCAAUUGCAUCCAUGUCUGUCCCGGGAAUUGCUGCGAGGCAUGCCGGACAGACGGAACGACGAAGUGACCGUUCCCGGCGAUCGACGUGGUGUUACCCUGCGACGUCCGACCACAUCCAUCAUUACCAUCCCGAGCUUCUCACUAUUCCCGGGACUAGCUGAAAUUCUCGCUCCUUGUGUCAUACACGAGACUCGAGUAGAAAAAGUACGAAGGAAGGAAAGGGGGAGAGACGCGCGAAGAAGAAGAGGAGAAGCGCAGGUGGCGGGCAAAGCGGUCGAGGUGUUCAAUGGGAAGAGGCUCGCUUUCGCAGCGAGGGCCGUAAUCGAAACGGGGAAUCGCCAACACACAGCGCGAAUCAUCACGAUCGAGUGGACAAACCGCCGGCAAACAAUAGGGAACCUGCUGGCGGCUUCCGAUGGGGUCGUAGCCGUAUUCGUAUAACGCGAUGAUAGGCUAGCCG